CUAUGGAAAUUAUAAGAGGUAGUUUAGAUGAUAUUUCUCGACCUGCGUCAAGUGAACAAACAAGCAGCCGUUUGUCGAGUGAUAGAAGUUGUCCAACAACUCCGUUUGCCCUCGUUGUUUUGACCAAGGAUGCUGCUGAUAUUCAGAUCCAGAACAGCUCUGAAGAACCCAUAAUCAACUCCUCAGCCAGGGGUCCUGACAAAGGUCAGUGUCACAUUGAAGUGACUAAUGAAGAAAAAGAAGAUUCCAGACUACAGGAAGCCAUUAAAGAAAUGAGACGACUUGAUGAAAUACUGUCUGCAAAGAUCUGCAUCGAAAAGGAAGUAAAGCGUCAAAGGAAAGAACUUCAAGCAAAACUCUGGCAAGAGCUGCAGCAGAAUAGGCCCGAAGGCCACUCUGAAUGUGCCCAAGAAGCCAUGAACACAAGGAUGUUUUUGGCUCUGGAAGCACCUACUGUGACAGAAGAGGAGGACAUCUUUGUACCUGUGUUUGAAACUCAGGUUCCUGACUGUGAGCACAACAUAGAGAGCCAAUCCUUGGAGCAAAGUGAAAGGAGCUCAGAAAGCUUAACAGAAUCAUUUGAACGAGGCAGUGAGGGGACAGGGGAAGAGCAAUUUGAAGGCAGCCACUGUGGAGCUUCCAAAGGCAAGAAAAAACAGAAGGACUUUGUAAGGAGAAACAUUGAGCUAGUGAUCGGUGAGGGAGACCAUGUGCUUUUGACUCAGGCGGAGAAAGAGCGUCUGACCGAGCUCCUCCGAGAAGUAGACGAAGAGGAAGAGGACAGUGCCAGAGGCGCAGACGGCGAGGAGGACAUGUGGGCUGUGUCAGUCCUGACAGGUCAGGGUUACACCCCGGAGCCCUCUGUCCUUGAGCAGCUGAUUGACAUUGACUCCAAAAUUCGAUUUCUCCUUCCUGCCGAGGAAUUUCUCUCAGUUCAAACCUCAUACACGAACCUGAGCCUGUCCCAGGGCCGAGGCUCAGAGGUUGGCUGGAAGUGCGAUGGGGACCCGCAGCCAGGAGAGAAGGUCCUGCAGGAUAUAAAGGAGAGGAGAGGGCAGGAGAGGCGGCUCCAUGAGAUCCAACAGCAGCUGGAGAUCCUGAGCCAGGGCCAAGAGAUGACUAAUGAGUCACCAGACCUAACUGAGGAGCAGUUACUUAGUCUGCUGGAUGAAUGUCAGCUGACAGAAGAGGCUGCAGUGGGCUCAAUUUUUAAGGAAAGAUCUUAGGAAUCCAUUGGUUCCAACUAUGUCAUGAUAUCAUGUUGGAAAGGGGGGGAAUAACGCGCCAAAAAUCUGACGAAGAGAAAUGCAGAAAUCUCCAAAAUGUUCUUCCAAAUGUUGAAACCAAAUCACAGCAUUACUUUUUUAUGUUGUUCCAAAGGCCUUGGUGUAUUGAUAUAAUAUUCUGGAGGAAUUUUGACCAUUUUUAUCCAUUCUCACAUUUAAAAAAAUUGCACCAAAUGUGUAUAACAAAUGCUAUCAACCCCAAAAUUGCUGCAACAAUUUAUGGGACAUAGUUGAGCUGAAAAUUAUGAUUAAGAUUCUCUUAUUAGUCCCACAAUGGGGAAAUUCAACCUCUCCAUUUAACCUGUCCUUUUUACACGCAACUGACACACCAUGCUAGGAGCAGUGGACAGCUCAUUACUACUAGUCCCUGCACACAGCCUGGGAGCUGUGUGGGGCAAGGGCAAGGGGUUUUAAAAGAAAAUGAAAAACCAAAUCAAUCAAUCAAUCAAUCAAUCAAUCAAUCAGUCAGACUUUAUUUGUAUAGCAUUUUUCAUGCAAGAGAGAUGCAGCACAACGUGCUUUACAUAAAAAAGGAGAAAGUAAUAAUAAUAACAAUAAUAACAAAACAUAGAAACAAGCAAACACCCUCCACCCAUCCCCAACCCUCCACCCCUGACCCUCCAUCCCACCCAUCCCAUUAAAAGCACAAACUGAGGAAGCGCCAUCUCAACAUGGAGCAGUGAGGAAACACUGGAAGCAGGUUAGAAAUUAAUUAGAUAAAAUAAAUAAAAAAAUAAAGUAAAUAAAUAAAAGACACUAACACUAAGAUGCAUGAGCAGAAAAAUCUCUAACAAUGGUUCAAGUAAAAGCCAAAUUAAAAAGAUAAGUCUUAAGUUUGCUCUUAAAAAUAUGAACAGUCUCUGAUGCUUUCAGGUCUUCAGGGAGGCUGUUCCACAAAUGUCCACAAAAAGGGGGAAAACGACGCCUCACCGUGGGUUUUUGUUCUAACUUUUGGUAUUAUUAAAAGGCCACUCCCAGAAGACCUGAGGGUCCUUGAGGCUUCAUAGGAUAAAAGUAAAUCAGAUAAAAAGGCUGGACUAAGACCAUUAAGAGAUUUAUAAACCAGUAAAAGAAUCUUAAAAUCGAUUACCAAAACCAACCUAAUCUCAAUCCCUUACCUAAAAUUCAGAAAAUGAACACUGACCUUGGAAAGACUGCUUUAAACUGCAUCUAGUCAAAAUCUUGAUUAAUUUUAGCCUUGCCUGUUUCAAACUUGUUUUUAUUGACUUAUUACUGUAUUUUUAUUUUUUUUUAAUUUCCAUGACUGAUAUUGUACAUUUUAAAUUGUUUUAUGUUUUAUUCAUACACUUAUGUAAUCAGGUCUCCCUUGAAAAUUAAAAUAUUAUAUUACUAUAAAAUAAAGGCUUAUGUACUGUAUGUGUGUAGCGAUAACUAAUGGGUCUUAUAUACAUUUUACAAUGUGUGAGCACUGGGGGAAAAAAGUUAAAAAAGUUAAAAAAAAACGUAUACUGUAAUAGCAAACUGUGGAUGAGAACUGUUCAUUUUUCUUUCUUUCUUUUUUUUUACCCUAAAUGGUCUCCAUGUUUUCAAUACCCAGCUGGAUUGCGUCCCAUUGUUUUUAUUUGUGUUUAUGGCCCCUGCAUGAGGAAACAGAGCAGCAGGGCCACCCUUUGUAUUAACCUUAGUCUAAUAGAUUGGGACAGAAAAUUGCUGCCAUUAAAUCUAAUAACCAGGUACUGUGGCCGCAGAAUGUUCUACUGCGCACAUAAACAAGUCUGAACGCUAGAUUGUAUUAACGUAAGCCCUCUCCUAUGAAAUAUAGUAUGUCUGUGUUAGUAAUGUGUGGCUGUUAAUGAGCACAGAGAUCCUUUAGCAUUCCUGUCAUUCCAGCCUCUAUAGGUGAUCUGCUUCAGAGCGUGUCAGAUUAGUAGGAUCCUCUGAAACUGGACCCUGUGUGACCUCUUUCCAGCUUGAUUUUCAUUAAAAAAAAUAGGAUUCCACUGACAAAAGAUGACCAGCUUUGAGAAUGAUGCUUUUUUUUGGUUUGUUUGGGCUAUUUCUUGAGCUGUUGACAGUUUUCUUAUUUGCAAAGUUUGAGUAGCAGGUCUGCACCUGGCUGACCCCAGCCCUAAGGUCCUACUUUUUCUCUCUCUCCCUGCUCUGGACACCUACAGGCCUGCUCACCUCACUCUUCACCUCACCCAUGCAUUCUGACCCCGUCUAAGCGGCAGGAAUUAUCUCACAUUCCUCUGGACUGAA